UUAUUCACAAUGCUUAUCAGCCACCUGGAUAUCUGCCGCAGAGGUAUCCUCCUCCCAAUGCUUAUCCACAGCAGGGAUAUCCUUCAGCUUACGCUCCUCAAUACGCUCAACCUCCUCCUCAACAACAUAAUAGCCAUCUUGGUUGCUUAGAAGACUGCUAAAAUUUACACUCUUUUUCUUCAUUUCUCUUUCUUUUACCUGUUCAUGGCGUGGUUGAAAUCAGACCUGAACUUAGUCGCAUUAAGACGAUUUGGUAUCGAAAAAUAGUUAUCUUAAUUCAUAGUAUCUAGUAGACAUAUCUCUAAUUUUAGAUUUUAGGUAAGAAGAACUUGUUAUGGGGUUAGCAUAAAACAAUUACUAUAACUACUAUCCGAACUUUACCCCUUGAAAUAAUGAACGGAGGCCACUAUUCUAAUUACAUUUCAUACCACUGCUAUUUCUCUUUUUUUGUUUUUUUCCCAGCUCCAUAACAUAACCUCACUCAAGUCCGAGUUGCAGUGAAUGCAACUAACUAAAAUUAGGUGCUUUUCUUGCAAUCUUUCUACAUAUGCAAUAUUUUCUAACAACACAAGUGGGCAAAUUUUCAUUCGAUCCUACUGAAACAUUGGGGUUAAAUGUUACGUCGUGCAUCUAUACCAGGUAUGAUUUUCUCUUUCCUUUUGUCGUCCAAACCUCUUCUUCAAUUAAACCAUUUGAGAUAUAUUUUUCUUUAACUAAUUGCUAAGUAAAAAGGAAUAUGCUUCUUGGUUAUUCAUUCCAUUGUGUUGUUGUAACCAUAGAGCCCCAGUUGGACAAGAUGAUGAAGGAAAAAUAAAAUUGUUCAAAUAUUGGGAUACUUCAUUUAAUUUUAUCUAUAUUUGAUUAUAAAAAUUUGGUAAAGGGUUUGGCAUAAUGUGAAGCCCUAUAUAUAUUCAUUUUUCUUUCAUAUAUUUUAAAUUAAGGAUUUUUGUUCAGGUAUACACCUUAUCAGAUCCUGAUGGCAAGGAGAUACUUUGAUUUACUAAUUAAGUUAUAUUUUUCUUAACCAUCUUUUAGGAUUUUCAAAUCGAGAGAAAAAAAUAAUUAACUCGAUCAUGGCGUUGGAGAAGGCUAAAAAGAUUGUGGCUUUUAAUCCUGUCACCGUCUUCUGCAAGAGUUAUUGUCCAUUAUGCUGUCCAAGUGAAGAGACUGUUCCAUUAUGCUGUCCAAGUGAAGAGACUGUUGACUAAACUAGGAGUCAAUUUCAAGGCUAUUGAAUUGGACACUGAGACCAAUUGGUAAAAUUUUGAUUACUUUGUGGUUUUUAAGCAUCCAAUGCUUCUUCUGGUAAAGAUUCUCAGUUUCUGAAGGUGGCCUCUUGUGCUUCAAUCUAUGAUUUAUUCUCGAGAUUGGGUAGAUUUCAAAGUGUAAAGAAAGAUGGGACUUCUUGUGCUGGGAAGGUCAUUCAACCUGUUGCAUGAUGAUAAUACUGAAGCUGUUUUGGAUAAUGCGGUUAAUCUGUUAUGCACCUUGAUAGAUUUCUUCCCCUUCACAAUCCAUCGUCAUUAUGACUCUGCCGAAGCUGCAAUUGUUUCAAAAAUAUUUUCAGGGAAGUGUAGUUCUAACAUGCUGAAGAAGCUUGCCCAUUGCCUGGCAUCACUUCCAAAAUCAAAAGGAGACGAAGAUAGCUGGUCUUUACUAAUUCAGAAGAUUUUGUUAUCCAUCAAUAGUCACUUGAAUGAGGCCUUCCAAGGCAUCGGUGAAGAUUCAAAAGGCAUUGAAGUUGUAAGGUUACUGAUUCUACCAGGAAAAGAUCCUCCACCACCUUUAGGUUGUUGUUCACAAUCAGAAGGUUCCUUGGACAAAAUAAAAAAGAGCUCAGAGCGGAUGUUAACAUCUAGUAUUUCAACCUUGAUGGUUUGCUGUUCCACAAUGAUAACAAGUUCAUACAACCAUCAGGUGGCAGUUCCCAUUCGCCCGUUAUUAGCUCUUGUUGAGAGAGUGCUGACGAUGGAUGGUUCUUUGCCACCCACUUCAGUGCCAUUUAUGACAUCUCUGCAGCAAGAAUCAAUGUGUUUAGAACUUCCGGUGCUGCAUUCAGUCAGUUUGGAUCUCCUCGUUGCCAUCAUUAAGAGCCUUCGCAGUCAAUUGUUGCCACAUGCUGCAUCAAUUGUACGACUCAUUGUGAAGUACUUCAAGAAGUGUGUCUCUGCAGAACUGAGAGUAAAAGUCUACGCAGUUGCUAAGUCAUUGAUGACGUCUUUGGGUGUUGGAAUGGCUGCAUCUCUUUCUCGAGAUGUGAUUGACAAUGUACUAGGUGAUUUGAACCCUGUAAAUAAUGAGAGUUCUGAUCCAUCUAAUGUGAAUCCAAAGGACACGCAAAGAGAUUUACCGCAACACCAUAAUAAGAGAAAACGCCCUUCAGUUCCCACUUCCAUGAAAGGGCAGCACGAGAGGAAUGAACCAGAGGACAUUACCAGCAGCUGUAGCUAUACCUCAGUCCACUUGAGGAUAGCUGCACUUGAGGCUUUGAAGACUCUUCUUACAUCGGCUGGUGCUUUGAGAUCUGAAGAAGGAUGGCGUGCAAAAGUUGAACAUCUUUUAAUAACAACUGCAACAUCUUCUCUUCAAUGGCCACGAGCCUCGGACGACACCUUUUUCCAAGCCAAUGAAUCUAUUGAGGUUUGGGUGGAUUAUCAGUUGGCGGCAUUUCAUGCACUACUGGCUUCUUUUUUGUCUGCUGUCCAUGUACGCCCACUGGCUUUGGCUCAAGGUCUCGAGCUCUUUCGUAAAGGUAAACAAGAAAAUGGAACCAAACUUGGUGAGUUUUGUGCCCAUGCUCUCUUAGCCAUGGAGGUUCUAAUACAUCCGAGGGUCCUUCCCCUCUCGGAUUUCUUGCCAUUGCGCUUGAGCUCUCCUGAACCACAAGCUGCCUUUAAAUUCCAGGAAGAUCUGUACUUCAACAGUAACGAUUCUAGGAAAUUGUUGAAGGUCGGCCCGCAAAGCAUGGAGCAGAUGGCCUCCGAGGCUCUAAUUAGUGAUGAUGUGGUAGAUAACAAUGAAAUGACGUAUAGCACCUCAAAUGAUAUUGAAAAGGAGCCCUCUGCAAAUGGCAUAGCGAAUAUAGAAAUGCCCAAGAGAACCGAACAGGCCACUGCAGCAGCCAUCUCAGAAGUAGGGGUUGUAGCGGAAGAUGACGUUGAAUUUGCUAAUGCAAGUAUGAAUAGUUCCCCCAUGUCAUCAAAAUCAGAUAAAAUCGAAGAUUUUGGACGGGAUUCGAGCUCGAAUUUAUUGCUAGAAGAUGACUUUCCUGAUAUUAUUGAUGCAGAUCCUGAUACAGACUAUGAAGAGUGAAAAAGGUAUUGUCAAUCAUUGACUCAAUUUUGUAGUUUUAAGGCUUAAGGGUGUUGUUCAGAACUCAAAAUCAAUUAUUAUUGUUGUGUUCUAUUCAUGUAGCCAUAGAUGGCUUGAACUGAUGAUCGAGAAUGGUUAUGUAUAUAAAAAGGUGAAAGUUAGACAAAUUUCAAAAGCUUUGAUUGCUAGUUUCUGAUAAA